GCAGCAGCUGGAGCUGUCUCAUCCACUCCUCCUCAUAUCACUGAUGGUCUUGUCCUCGAGGAGGCAUAACUUCUGUGUGACGCCUUCAUAGCCAUAUAGAACACAGCACGGAGGAUCUACAGACACCAGGCUUUAUUGCAGGUAUUAGCAUGUGAGCUGUUGCCUGGCUGUGAAUGAACUAUGGAGGAAGCCAAUGUCACCAUCUUCUCCACCGCCUUUGUCGCCGUUCAGAAGGUCUACUACCCAUUGCUUUGCGUCAUGGGCAUUCCAGCCAACCUCUUCACAUUCUACAUGAUCUGCUUCCGUAAAUGUGGGAUGUCCAACACAGCCAUCAUUUACCUGAGCUGCCUGGCCCUCGUGGACACCUUCUACCUGGUGUGGGUGAUCCUGGUCGACCUGACCCUCACCUUCUGGCUACUGCAGCCCUUUUGGCACUCCUAUCCCUGGUGUGCCAUCCUGGGGUUCCUGCAGUAUGGAUCGCUCUACAGCUCCUCCUGGAUCGUGUCGGUGUUCACCAUCGAGCGCUACCUCGUUCUUCGCAGCACGGCGGCCAAGCAGCACUUCUCCCAGGCCCGGGUCACUAAACUGACCUGUGUUGCCAUCGUCCUGGUGUCGCACCUCGCCUCCGUGCCGUUGGGCUGGAUCAAUACCGUCACCCCGGUCGAUCUCACCGUGGACGGGGUAAAUAUGACGCUGCCCAGGUGUCACUACCGCAACGAGGUGUACACUACAGUUAUUGUGUGGAUAACUACCUUCCUCUCGGGGGGAAUCCCCAUCGUGUUGGUCAUCAUCUUCAACUACCUCAUAGGGCACCAUCUGUGCCGCGCCACAAACCUCUUCACCAAGGAAGAGCGUCGCGCCAUGCAUGGGAGGAGCACCAGGGGCAUGCUGAAGAGGACCAUCCUGCUGCUGGGCACCGUCUCUGUGACCUUCGUCGUCCUCAGCCUGCCCCGCUUUGUCACGUACUGCAUCCUCAGGACCAAGUACAACUACGAGGAUUUCAACAGAAACGACUACAGCAUCCCCAUCAAUGUGGCCGGAGACUUAGCCAACAUGCUGCAGAACCUCAACUCCGCCACCAACUUCCUGCUCUACUGCAUGGUCAGCCGGCGCUUCCGGCAGGAGCUGGUCCAAAUGGCAACGUGUAAGGCGAAGGCCCUCGAGCUGGGCUCCAUCCUCUCCCACACCACCAUGAAAGUCUUCUCAGUGGCAGAUCAUAAGGCCUCGCCAUCCAGUGACCCUGUGGCUGUGGUGCUAACCAAUCUCAAACCGACAGUAGAAAGGACCAGGAAGAAAGGCCAAGGAUCAGACUAUUACCUUGAAAGAGUAAACCAUCCAUGACCAUGGAAAGUGUAGUUUGACAAUAUAAUCUUAGAAUUCCCCCCCGGAUAAACACUGUUCGUACCAUUAGCGUUGUUAGCUUCUAGAAGCCGUCGCCAUGUUGAGGGCGGUGUGGCGUCAACCCCACAAUCACAGAUAUGCUCUGAAUUUGGAAAUUAGCGCCUUUCAUUUUUGUUUUUGUUAUCAGCCACCGAGCUAAGUAGCUACAGGGUCAGCAUGGGUGGUCACUUCAUUCCAGACUGAAGUAUCUAAAAAAACGUUUUGAUGUGUUUCGAUGAAGUUUUGACGUUAAUGGGCCACAGAGGAUGAAUCCCGAUGACUCCCGUUUUCCGGCUGAUGUCGUCCCUCGUGACACAGUUUCCAACAUUCAUGGAUUUGGCACAAAUGUCAAUAAAGGCAUUCAUUGUUCCCAGAUGAUAUAUCU